AUGCCGUCAGCAACUGCAACUCUCACAUGCGAUCUCGGGCUUGCUGCAUCCGGUGUUUCUACACUGACCUGUACUGAAGAGGGCUGGUCACCAAGUGUUGGAUUCGGAGAGUGUCGAACGGGGCAGUCGGGACUCAAUUGUCAGGCUGUCAAUGUGCAAGGUGGUACCGUAAUGUACAUCCAAGCCAAUAAUGCAGUUCCUUAUUCGGCUGGGACUUCCGUAUUCCUGAUGUGCAACAUCAGCUACACACCUCAGGGAUCGAUGUCGGCAAUGUGUCAGAACGGUUCAUGGACACCUCCGUUGGGUAGCUGCUUGGCUUCUUCGCAAAAUGGCUCGAACAACUUGAUCACGGGACAACAGUCAGGUAUGAAUUCUGGCAAUGCUGGAAACACCUGCAUAGCCAUAGCUGCACCAUUGAAUGGCUACGUCAACUAUAGUCAAAACGCUAGU